AUGUUAAUAUUUCCAUUACUUUCAUUUAUUUUUCUUCCUUCUCUAUCAAAUGCGGAAGAAAUUAAGAAUAACAAUGAUGUAAAGAAGAAUACUUUAUCUUCACCUUCAACAAAUUCUUGUUCAUUUUUUUGUUUUACAUAUCCUAAAAAUAAUGUUCAAUUAUCUAAAGAUAAUUUUAAUGAAUUAAAUUGUACUCAUAUAAUUUAUGGAAUUAUGAAAGUUGAUGAUAAAAUGCAAAUAAUAUCUGAAAAUGUUAAUGAUGGUAUAAUUUUAAAUGGCUAUACAAAUUAUCAAAUUCUUAAUAUAGUUAAGAAAGAAAAAAAUAAUGUUAAAUUGUUAGCUGAUAUUAUAUAUAAUUCAAAAAAUGGAUUAUUUGAAUUUGAAUAUCAUAGAGCUAAAUUUAUUGAUAAUAUAAUAAAAUUAAUGAAAUUAUGGUCAUUUGAUGGUAUAUUCCUUCGUACAGAUUAUAAUAUUUUGUCAACAAAAACUUUUCAUAAAUUUUUAAAUGAAUGGGAAGUAGCAACAAAUGAUGCUUCAUCAAAAUUAAAUGGAAAAAAACUUCAAAUUGUUGUUAAAAUUAAUACUCCAUGGAUAUCACAAUUAAAAGAUAAUUUAUCAAAAAUUUCAUCAAAAGUUGAUAAAUUGUUCAUUACAAUACCUAAUCCAAAUCACAAUUCAAAAGAUGAUAAGGUAAGACAUAUAGAUCCACUUUAUACAUCACCACAAAUUCCUGAUUAUGAUGCAUUAUCAAAAGUUGUUUCUGAAGCAAAUAAACUUUAUAAUGUUCCCAAAACAAAAAUUGUUGUUGGUUUAAAUAUCUGGGCAAGAGGUUAUUCUUUAUCAAAUAAUACAUCUUUUCAUCAUGGUUCACUUCAUAAAAAUGAAUUUAAAAAGUCAAAUGUUACUGGAUUACAUAAUGGAUAUUAUACAUAUUCUGAAGUUUGCAAAACAAAAGAUCAUAAAAUUGAUUAUAGUAAAUUUAAAAGUUUAAGUAUGAAUGUCAUUGAAGGAUCAACAGAAAAAAUUGACAUGACAAAUGUAGUAAAUAAUGAUAAAUCUCUAUCAUCAACUGAAGAUCCAUCAAAAUUAGAAGAAUCCAAAAAUUCAGCAAUUACAAAAAGAGAGACUAAAAAUGAUGAAAAAAAAAAUAAUUUAAUAUAUGAUGUUGAUUCACAAACAACAGCUAUAUUUGGUACAAAUGGAUUAUAUUAUCAGUAUGUUGAUGCUGAACAUGAAGCAUUCUUUAAUAAAUUACGUUGGAUUUCAAAUAAUGGUUAUAGUGGUGUUGGUUUAACAAAUAUGGAAGGUGAUGAUACUGAAGGAGACUGUGGUUUAGGUAAAUAUCCUCUUCACAAAGUUGUAUCAAAAAUUUUUCAAUGUUCUAAGCAUACUGCAUUAAUUGGUAAUAAUGAAUGUACCAGAAUUUGUAAAGUUACACCAAGUACCAGUGUUGGAAAUGUAUUUGAAAAUUUACAACCUUCAUAUUGUUCACAUAUAUCAAUUGAUGACGUAACAUUCAAUACAGUAGGUGAUAUCAAAAUACCUGAUAAAUCAUUUAAAUUUAUAAAAGAUUAUGAAAAUUGGAAUGUUGAUGUUAAACCUUAUCUUAUGAUAACAAUUGGAUAUAAAACAAAUUCUGUAACUUGGAGAAGCUUAUUAUUAAAUAUUAUUCAUAGAGAAAAGUUUAUUAAAAAUUUAUUGAAAUUUGUUGAAACAUAUGGUAUAAAUCAUAUUAAUAUAGCAUGGACUUCAGAAAAGUUUUCAAGUUCAUUUGAUGGAACAACAUUAAGUAAAUUUUUACUUGAUUUAAAAAAAGCAUUAGGUUUAAAAAAACAACUAUUUUGUAGUAUAUUACCAUAUAAUAUUUAUAAUAACUAUUAUCAAAUUAAUGAAAUGGUAACAGCUGUUGAUUAUUUUAUUUUAGAAGCUCAUAAAUUUAAAGAUAUUGAUAAUAAAAAAACAAGCCAUCAUAGUACAUUAUUACAUAAUUCACCUUUACUUGAAAAAAAAGAAAUGUCAACAGAUGUUGUUGUUAAUGAUUGGGUUGGAAGAGGUGUUAAUCCUAAUAUGAUUAUUGUUGAAUUUUCAGUUGGUGGGCAAUCAGUUGAAAUGAAAGAAUCAGUAUUAAAAAAUAAUAUGAAUAACAAUUAUCUUGGUAGACCAAUUGCUUUAAGAAGUCAACAUUUACGAGAUGCAAGUAAAUUAAGUUUAAGUCAAAAUGAAAUCUGUGAAAUAAUUCAAAAUAAUCAAACUAUUCAAAAAUUUGUUAAAGAUAUGGGUGUUCCAUAUAUAGUUGAUGGAAAACAUUUUAUUUCAUAUGACAAUGAAAAGAGUGCACGAAUGAAAGCUAUUUGGAUUUCUGUAAAUAAAUUUAAUGGAAUUUCUCUUAAAAAUAUUGAAUUAGAUAAUAUUGAUGGUACUUGUCCAAGAAUGAAUCCUUAUCCAAUUUUAAAAACUAUUGCUUCUACACAAAUUUGUAAUAAGUGUAAAGAAGAAUAUCAAAAUAACGUUGCAACAUUGUAUGAUACUAAAAAUGAAAAUAAAAAAUUAAUAAAUGAAACAAAUAUUACUGAAGAAAGUGAAAAUACAGCUGAAGUAUGUUCUAAAAGUGUAGGAAAAUAUAAAACAAUAUGUAUUUAUCGUUUACCACAUAAAAAAGAUAAAUUUCCUUUACUUCCACAAAAAAUUCCUUACACUAAAUGUGAUGAAAUUUUGACUGAAGAUGUUUUAUUAUUACCAAAUGGAAAUAUAAUAUUUAGAGAUGAGUAUGCUAAAAGUUUAGCUAAUAGACUUUCAAGAGAUAUUGAAAAAAACAAAAAUAUUAUAGUUAGAACAAUUGUUACCUGUUUUAUGCCUAAAAAUGAUUUUGAAAUUUUACUUGAUGACCCAGAAAAAUUAUCAAAAAAAAUAAUAGAUCAUUUAAAAAUGUUUAAUCUUCAAGGACUUGAACUUCGAUGUCAUAAUGCAAUAAAUCCAAAUAUGAAAAAGAAGUAUAGUGAAUUUAUAAUAAACUUGCGCAAUAAAUUAAUUAAUGAAUUAGAACUAUCACCUUGUUCAAAAGCUAUUAGUGUAUCACUUCCUUCAUGGGCAGAAAAUGUACCACAAUUAUAUGAUGUUAAUGUUUUAAAUAAUCUUGAUUAUUUAUCUCUUGACGCUAAUAAUGAUUUUACUACAUCAACAAGAACAGAAAUGAAUAAUGAAAAUGAUAUGAAAUUGAUACAACAAACAAUUCAAUCAUGGGAGAGAGCAGGAAUAAAUACAAAAAAAGUUUUACUUAAUAUUCCAAUUUAUGGAAGAUCAGUACCAAUAGAUUUUGAAAUUACUAAAAGUACUUUAACUGUAUCAAAAUCAACCAAACCAAUAAUGGUAAGAAAAGUUGAACAAAAAAUAUUAUGUAGUGAAUUAAAAAAAACAGGUAGUAUUAUGAAAGUUUCAUAUGAUACAAUAUCUGGUAAAAGUAUUUUAUCAACUAAUGAAGAGGUUACCUAUGAAACACAAGAUACACUAUUCUACAAAUUAAAAUACAUUAUGAGAGAAAAAUUAGGAGGAAUUAUAUUUAAUUCAUUGAAUGAUGAUGAUUUCUCAAAUGAAUGUAAACAAGGAAUGUAUUCUUUGUUAAUGUCAACGAAAGAAGCUUUGUGUCAAAAUUAA